CACAGUGUCUCCUUGGGCCAAGAAACAGGACAGGGUCAUCCUUCUUUUUGAAGACGAUGAACAAGUGGACAAAGUCAUGCACUUCUUGUCUGAAGUACUCGAACGUACUGAGACAGACAAGAAGUCUGCAGAUCCAGUCGCAUUCGUAAUGGAUGUACUUUUGCCAGAGGCAACAGUAUACGCCCUCGGAGCUGUUCACUCCAUCUCCCUGGACAAAGCCAAGGAGAUGUACAUGCGUGGCACAGAGUUUGACUCAAGCGAGAAAACCCAGCUUGGGGAACAGCUUCAGAGCCACAUUUCCUCAAAAGCGAGGCAGAAACUGGAUAUCUUCCUGAGCAAUUACAAGAAAGCCUUGGAGUGUGAGGAAUUCCUCAGGCGCCUGUAAUCCCUGGGUAGUGAAUGUGUCUGCUGGAUAGUCUGUUGUGUAUAAAAUAAAGAAAAUAUAUCAUUCA